UCUCAUUCUGUCACUGAAAAGCACUGCUUUGAGAAGCAUCCUUUUCUCUGGUUCUGCUUGUGAUGCAGAGGGACUGAAACAGCUGUAGAGACAACAGGGAUGUAAUGGUUUUCCCCAUCGCGCUACAGGGAAAGUGCAAUACUUUUAGAAAUGAACAGGGAAGAAAUGACUACUGCUUAAAGCCUUGGAAUUUGAUUUGAGCAUGAAAUUAUUAAUCCACGGACUCAGAGGCAUCUGAAUGGGAGAUUAGCCCCAUAGACCACCACCAGUUAUAUACACUGCAUCUGAGGCCUCUGUAUCUUGGAGGAACAGUAAAAUGAUGGUUUACUUUAUGACUGCGUAUGAAGAUUCAUAUUUCUGCUCCACUAUUUUUCCAACUUCCUGACUCUGGUUUCCACCGUCUUCAGACAGUCGGUCCCCACAGGUUGACAGGUUCUCUGUAAUUUGCUUAAGGAGCUCUGGAAAUAACAUCGUCACAACAGACACAAUUCUCUCUGCGUAUUCUGCCUGUCUUCAAGUUGCACUCCUCUCUCUGCAUUCAAGAUUCUGAUGGGUCCAUGAAGGCUGAAGGCUUGGAUAUUUGCUUUAUUUCAUGACAUCUGCACCGGACCAGUAAAAGUUUAGAGAUUAUUUCCAACUGAAGUCAUCUGGGAGUAGCUGAUUUUGGACCGAUUCUAAUUCAGUCUCAUGAGAACUAAUACAAUCCUUGAUUUAGUACUCUGCAGUUAAGGAGCUACCCAGGAACUAAGACACAGUAAGGAAAAGAAUCCAUAAUGAGAGACAAACCACGUUUGUGCACCCACUGAGCAGACAAGUAUCAGAAGAAAACAAGAUCUACAGUCUGCAGCAAAUCUCUUCCUUGGACAUGUCACAUAAAUCGGGUGGGAAGCAACUGGUGAGCAUAGGAAAUGAAACCUCAAACCACACAUCAGCAUCUGAACCUUCUCAGGAUCGUCCCAGUGUCAAGGUUACACGGUCCUCGAAGAAAGGAAUUGCUUUUGGCAAAAGGUCAAACUCCAUGAAGAGAAACCCCAAUGCUCCAGCGGUGAAGAGUGGAUGGUUGUAUAAACAGGCCAGUUCGGGUGUGAAACAGUGGAACAAGCGGUGGUUCGUCCUUGUCGAUCACUGUCUCUACUAUUACAAAGAUGAAAAAGAAGAGUGCAUCCAAGGAAGUAUUCCACUCCUCAGCUUUGCAAUAACUCCUGUCCGACCAGCAGACAGUGUCAGCAGGAAACAUGCCUUUAAGGUAACAGUGUAUUCAAAAGUGGAAAUGCCUGGCUGUAAUGGGCAUGCCAUUUCUUCUCAGGUGGAGCACGCAGGGAUUCGAACCUAUUUCUUCAGUGCAGAAAACAAAGAAGACGAAGACUCCUGGAUCCAGGUUAUGAGUGAGGCAUCUCAUUUACAGACUGAAUCUACACAAAGGAGAGAAAAGGCCAAUUCAGAGAACAUUCCCCCUGUGGAGAACCACCAUGUGUACCACCAAAAAGAACUAAUGAGAUCAGACUUGGAAUCAAAAGCACGAGGAGAGGGCGAUGGGAGGGGCUGUGAUAAAACGGACAGGAAGGAACACCAUCCAGAUAACAAAAAGGGACUGCUAACAAAAGUCAAUGGCAGCAACACACCAGAAGUUACAUCUGAACCAGGAAGUCCUUAUCCUGAUGGCCGACUCCCCUCUGGUGUAGAAAGACCUGGCCUACCAAAUGGGUGGCAGUACCCUUCACCUAAUCGGCCCAGUAACACUGUCUACCCUCAGCAGGAGGGUGGAGAGAAUGCAGUCUUGCGUCGUGGGUUUGUUCCGCGCACUGACCCAGAGAAGGCUGCUCAGAGACAGAGCUCCAUGACGCAACUUCAGCAGUGGGUGAAUCAGAGGAGAGGAAUGCAUCCGUCAGAGGAACUCCGCAGCCCUACCAGAUACUAUAUGGUUCAUCGAGGAUUAUCAGAUUACUAUGGACCUUAUGCCACUCAUUACCCUGAGGACUACCAGUACUACCCCCCUGGGGUUCGACCAGACAGUAUCUGCUCUGUGCCUGCAUAUGACCGAGUGCCACCACAUUGGGCUGUGGAUGAGAAGAGACAUUCACUGCGGGAUGGGGCUGGGUACCAUUUCAGAGACUGGAAGGAUCCUCAGGGCUAUAGCCGGCAGGAACCCCGCAUCUGGCAUCCAGGUGUGGAUGGCCAACAGGUGUACUAUGAUGAGGUGGAUGCUCCCCCUGGCAAUUUACGGCAUCUGUCCAUGCAACCACGGUCAAGGUCUGUGCCUCGUUCACCUAGUCAUGGUACCUAUGCCAGAGCAAGGAUGUACUCUCCUGUACGGUCACCCAGUGCUCGAUUUGAGAGGAUGCCACCUCAAAGGGAAGAUAUUUAUGCAGAUCCUAUUGCAUAUGGUAUGAGACGAUCUAUCAGUUCACCUAAGUACGAGUUCUCGGGAGACAGGAGAUCUGUGCCUUCAGCAGUGUACCCAUUCAACUUUGCAGUACCCCCUACUAUCCACGACAAAAUGGAUGAACUCCUAGACCUUCAGUUGCAGAGAAACCUAGAAUUCCUGGAUCAACAGAUGAAUGAGAGUGACAAUUUCAUCAACACGGUACACAGAAUGGUAGAAACCUCUUCCCCCAGGGCUCACUUGUACAUACAAGCACCUCCUUUUCCAGAUGGCUUUCGGGACACACUUCAGGCUCUCAAACUCCAGGAACAGGAAAUUGAUAAGCUUCUCAGUAAACUCUGUGAGCACCACAAGAUCCUGAAGGAACAGGAGAAGGAAACUCAGCAGCUGCAGAUAGAAAAGGAGACCCUGGAGAGUGCUUUGAUGUCCACGCACCAUGACUUGGAGUUAUUUGGAAACCAACCAGUCUUUCCAGAGAAACUUUUACACAAAAAGGAGUCCUUGCAGAAUCAGCUCAUCAACAUCCGCGGCGAGCUUUCUCAGGCUUCCACAGCACUGGCUGCCACUAGAAUGGAGUUUGAAACCCUGGAAAGUGAAGUCUCUGUGCUGCACAAUGAACUCUGGGAUCAACUCAACAGGGGCACUCAGAGUGAAACAGUACAACGGCAUAUCCAAAAGGAGCUGUGGAGGAUUCAGGAUGUUAUGGAGGGGCUGAUGAAGAGCAAUCCUUCUCGAGGGACAGACACUGCCAAACACAGAGUGGCAAGUGGAUUAUCUGGAACAGUCAGCACCAACAGUCCUGCCAGUCCACUUAGUUCUGCGAGUAUCACAAGUCCCAUGAGUCCUUUCUCCCUUGUAUCUGGAUCGCAGGGGUCACCUGCCAGACAAACUAAUGAGGAGAUGGGCCCUCCCCGACCUCCCCUCCCCAAAUCUUACGUUCCCCUGGAGCCUCUACCAAGCAUCCUUUCAUUCCCCAGCGAAAGCCGCAUCUGGUCAUUCCCAAACACCCCUUCCUGGCCACAAAGCGACGAGAGAAGGAAGGGACAGCAAAAAUUCAGCUAUGAGCAGCACAAGAAGGAGACGCUUUUAUCAACCACAGUACCCGAUUCUGGCGAUGUAAAUUUGUUACAAGGGAAACAUGAAAGUGAUGUUGAUAAACAGGCUGGCAUCAAUAAAGUUGGAGUCGUCCCACCACUAACAAAAUCUCCAGCUGAAGAAAAUUCUUCUGCUUCAUCAUCCAAGGUUAGAAAGAAUUCCAACAGUGACAGCAAUGAACAGAUCUCCCGGGAACGACCGAAGAGUGCGGUGUUUGCCAAUGACAUGAAGUCCAAGAUGAGUGUGGAAGAGCAGCUUAGCCGAAUGAAACUGCACCAAAGUGGCUCAGUGAAAGAGAAGAGGCGGAGCUUACAGCUAUCAGCAAAUCAGCAGCUAGAUAGUGCCAGCCCUAAACCUACUUACCGAGUGGUAAGGCGACAUCGUAGCAUUCAUGAGGUAGAUAUUUCUGAUUUGGAGGCUGCAGUCCGAAAAGAAAAUUCCAGCAAGAAUUAUGAAAGCCCAAGAGAGGAAAUAGCACGGCUGCGAAAGACAGACCUGGAGCCUGAACACUAUAAUGUGGACAUCAGUAAAGAGAUUUCUACGCCAGACAAAGUCCUGAUUCCCGAACGCUACAUUGAGCUGGAACCAGACACUCCACUUAGCCCAGAAGAAAUAGAAGAAAAGCAGAAAAAAGUAGAACGCAUAAAGACUCUCAUUGCCAAAUCCAGCAUGCAAAAUGUGAUUGUUCCAACUGAAGGAGUUGAAGAUAUCCCUGUUGACACAGAGGCCCAACUGCAAGAACAAGAGAAAAGAAUUGAGAUAUCAUGUGCACUGGCUGCAGAAGCAUCUCGACGGAGCAGACUGCUCUCAGCCAUGUCCACCAGCUCAAGCCCUCCUAACUCUCCGACUUCAAGCUCCCCUCUCUCCUCUGCCCCUUCCCAGAAUGCUGAUGGCACUCAUUUUAUGUGUGUCUGAGUUGAACACAGGCUCUGGCUGCUGUUAAAUUCCAUGGGGCAACAUUCUGACUUUUAUUAUGAAGACUUUUUUCAAAAGAUGUUUAUUUUUAUGUACAAAACUGGCUAUCUUGAGGACUCUGAUACAGAGAAUGAAGGCCAGGAAGACAGACCACUAAAGGCCUUGUGACUUGGAGAGUGGUGACUUCAUAAAAGCCGUUUGUAUAGGGUGCACCGGAACAUUCAUAUUCUCAGUCACCAUCUCUUCAGAAGUGGGUCACUGCUUUGCCCUUUGUAAAUAUUCUCUGUGUGCUCUCUGCUAAGCAGACUUUGAUGUGAAGUUGAAAGUUAUCAGCAUUCCUCCUACAGGGAUAAAAAAGAAACAGAACUUAUUUUUAUGCAAGGCUGAAUAACAGGAGGAAGAAAUAUUAUGAACUAUAUACCCUGAAGGAAAUUGUGAGCCUUUUAUAGCUGUUGAUUAAUACUGACUGGAUAUGUAUAUUUAAACCACAGUAAUAUGUUUAUUGCGGUUCGGUAGCAGGGGGACAGCAAUUUAACCCAGCUGUUUUGGAAUGUAAUCCUGUCUGUGCUAGUCAUACCACAGUGGAUUCAUUCUGCUACUUGUAAAUCUUGAGAAAGGAAAAUCUGUUACGGAGUGUCUCUAUUUUUAUGCUAUCUCAGACAGUUUAUGUUGUGCAAUAUGUCUGCUUUUGACAAUGAUGUAUGCUUAUAAGGCUGUCAAAUAACAAAACUAGUAUCCAGGCACAGGUGUUUACUGUUAACAGAGAAGGGCAAAGUCUAAAAUGCCAACAAAUGUUUAAUUCACUGUCUGUAUACCUCGUGAAUAGGCUGAAGGUUUGAAUCUGCAGUGCACAGAUUCUGUCCUAUGCAGGUGGGUCAUGAGGGUAAACGUUCUGGGAAAUGUUAAUGUUUCACAAAAAGUGAAGACCUGUACAAUCAAAAUGGCAUCUAGAUUCAUAUUUGAAUACAAAAUAUCCUCCCAUCUCCUUGCUACUGUCUGUUUAGAGUAAGACACGCAAUGGAUGUGGGUGUAACUCCUCUUUUCAUUAAUGGGGUGUGUUUACAGUUUGUGUCCAUUUGCAAGAAACUAAGAAAAGCCCUAUGGUCAGUGCCCUUCCUUGAAGAAGCACAAUACUGUUGAAGACAAAUUUUCAUAAAAAUUGUUCUUGUCUCUCAAAAAUUUCAAGGUAAACCCUGCUUCUGGCACAAGGAGGUGGACCGGUGCCUUCAGAGUAUGUGCAGUAUGUGAAGAGUUCAAGGGCCACCCACAGACUAUCACAAAGUUAGUGAAGGAGAGAAACAAACUACAAGACCUUUCUUUACACACAGACAUGAUUGUACAUUAGCUCACAUUUGAGGCACUGCCCAGUUAACACUCAUGAGACCAUCACUUGCUGUCCUAGAAAAAAAUAUUUCACUCUCCUGAAUGUUACCUAUUCCAGAAAAAGCACACCCAUGUUAUAUAGACAUAUAUAAUAUAUAUUAUAUAUAUGUAUGUAUACUGAAUGUGUAUUGCUUGUUUACCUAUGUAUAUAUUACCUGACACUAUGUGUGUAAAAUAUACCUAGCGGAAAUCACUGAGGUAUUAAAGUGCUGGGUAUAUUUCUGGCACAGAUUUAUUAAAUGCCAUUUGCUGGCAAAUGUAUUUUAUUUUUAUUUUUAAACAUGUAGAAUAUUUAGAGGGAAUACUAUCACCAGGAUGAUCUGGAUAUUUUCCUUCAUAAAUUGUAUCCAUUUUUUUAGGGUGCCCUUUGACAUGGAGUGGAAAAGCUUUUAAAAUUUAGAAUAAAAAAUACAUUUCAGAACACUGGAA